AUGGAACUUAAGGAAAUUGUGGAUGAUGAGUAUUACUCUAUAAAAGACGAACAUUCUCGGCAUGUCGAGGAACAGUUUUUGAAGCGGGUUGCUAGCGAAGGAUGCAAGGAGCUACUCUUUCCGCUCUACCCUCGCGUGGACAAUCUAUUUUAUGAUGGACUGCGAAAGGAGAAUUUGAUUGAGUGUUACCGUUCUUUUACAAACGAAGAGAAGAGUGUCUUGUAUUCUAUCGUUUCUUAUGGAAAGAAAAUGUGUGGUCAUGCUGGCAUUCUGCAUGGAGGUGCUUCUGCGUCCACUCUUGACCAAUUCUUUGGGAUCAUGAACUGUGUCCUCGGAAUCAACGGUUUUACUGGACAGCUGAAUCUUAGCUAUCGCAAGAUCAUUCUGUGUCCCAGUACCGUGUUAGUGAAAGGAGUGUGCGAACGUCAGGAAGGAAGAAAGCAUUGGUUCAAGGGCACAAUCUACGAUGAAGUUGGAGACGUUUGUGUGGAGGCUGAAUGUCUGUUCAUUAAGGCGGACAUCAAGAACGUUCUUGAGAGAGCACGGAGUAAAAUAGAAAAGACUGAAUGA